AUUAUUAAUUUUGGCGAAGAGGGGGGUGUGGAUAACAGUCACGCCCCUCUAGGAGGCUGGUGGAAAUUCAAUGAUAUGAGGCUAAAUUGUGAGCUGGAAGUGGUCUACUCUCUGGCAGUGAUGAAUGGUGGAGGGAGGUCAGCCAGUAAGACCACUCGUUCCAAGGCUUCUGUGUGUCUUGGGAAGAAACCAGUACAAGGACCAGCGGGUGGUGUCAAGAGAGACGAACUCUACCUGAUUGUGUCCACGGCAAAGAACGUGUCCGGAUCAAAGUAUAAGGUGAAGAAUAAUGUCACUAAAAUAUUCGCCAAGUUUGUUCAUGAAGGAAAAGCUACCAUAAAAUUCAAGGAGCCAGCACAUGACCUCUUCAUUUCAAAGGCUGAACCAGAUAAACUAAAGGAGUUACUCAAAGUUCUCAGGCUAACUCCCCAAGAGCAGACAGGGGUAGAGCUGGCCCCUCUAUUGCCAACUAAGAUGCAGCACAUUGAAGCACCCAAGUCCAAACUGGUGGUUAAAUCUCGUGGAGAAUAUCCUAUUAAAGGUUUUCCGUCAUCUUUGGAGCGAUUUGAAGCCGUUGGAGUAUCUCUGAAUCGACUGGAUAUGAGAUUACUGGAGUUGAAGAUGUUGCAGUUUCUUGAUCUGUCUAAUAACUCGAUUAAAUCAUUGCCUGAGAGUUUAAAAGACGCAAGUCUAAUAGAACUCAAAUUGUCCGGUAACAAACUGACUGAAUUUCCUGAUAGUAUCUGUAUUGGUAAUCUUUCUGAGCGAUUAAAACUUUUGGACUUAGCACGAAACUCACUCGCACAUUUAUCACACAAAUUCUCAAAUUUUAAAUCACUUAUACAACUCAGACUGGAUUGCAAUCAACUGCAAGUUCUACCAAGGACAUUUGGAAAGAUGACCACCCUCAAAUUUUUGUCUAUCAGUAACAACAAGCUAGUUGUGCUUCCACCUUCGUUCCCAAACCUCAGUUUAGAAUCUCUGGAUUUGUUUGGCAACCCAUUCACUGCCAGUGGACUUGUGAGGAGAUGCUCUGAUCUUAGUCUGCCUACACUGCAGGAGCUCACUGGGAGAGUCAUCAAGAAAUACAGGGUCCCAUACAGCCCAUAUGUGCUGCCUAUUGGCCUCUGCCACUAUCUCGACUCAGCUAAGAAGUGUCUGUGUGGGAAGGCAUGCUUCAACUCGUUCCUGCAUUAUAUUGCGAAUCUCAAUCUACACAAGGUCUCAGCUACAGUAACAGCAGUAGACCAGAGUGGUACUACUAAAGUACCAGUAGAGGCUUUUUUAUGCUCUGCAAAGUGUUUGAAACUGUGGAACUUGUGAUUUGUGAUUUGUGAUUUUAAUGGCCUGUAUAUACGUACAUGUGACUAUAAUUAUUAGUAAAUGGCAUCACAAAAGAUGAAACUAUAAGCUAUUAGGGAGAAAGG